AUGAGGGUUUCCACCGUUAGGCUCGCGUUCGUUGCGCUUGUUGGGCUUGCGUCUGCUGCUCCUCAGGGUCUCGUUGGCGUACUUCUUGGGGGCGCAAAUAAGGCUCCUCUUCCUUCAGACGAUCCCUUCUACACAGCACCUUCGGGCUACGAAUCCGCAGCGCCUGGAGCCAUUCUGAGAAGCCGCCCUGUUCCUAGUGCUCUGUCCCUAUUCCAGACCAUUCCUCUCAACUUAAAGGGUGCCUGGCAGUUUCUUUACAGGACUACCGAUUCUCUUGGCAAUCCCAUUGCCACAGUCACGACUGUGCUCGUGCCAAACAAUGCCGACCCAGAGAAGUUGAUUUCGUAUCAGGUCGCCGAGGACAGUGGUGGGGAGAUCAACUGCGCCCCAUCAUACACGCUGCAGACUGGUACCAACACUACAUAUGCCGGAACCGGAGGUAUCGAAGCAGCGUUGAUCGCUGCCGCGCUGAACCAAGGCUGGAUCGUGGUCUCCCCUGACUGGGAGGGACCCAAGUCUACUUUCGUUGCCGGAAAACAAGCCGGAUACGCAACUCUUGAUAGCAUCCGUGCAGCUCUCGCAUCUGGUGCUACUACAAGUGUCUCAUCGAAAGCGAAGGUCCAGAUGUGGGGAUACAGUGGUGGUGCCCUAGCUUCUGAGUUUGCUGCCGAGCUUCAAACCAAAUAUGCCCCCGAAAUCCCCUUUGUCGGGAUGGCUAUUGGCGGUGUGACUCCUAAUGUUGAGAAUGUCUUCAACACCAUCAACAAGGGACCCUUUGCAGGUCUUAGUGCUGCCGGUUUUUUGGGCUUGGGCAACGCAUACCCAGACUUUGGCGCUUUUGUUCAGCAAAGCUUGAAACCUGAAAAAGCGGACGCAUUCAAUCAGGCUGGUCGCCAAUGCUUUUAUGCUGACGUGAAGACGUAUGCUGGCCAAGAUGUCUUCACAUACUUCAAGCAGGGCAAGACCAUAUUCCAGGACCCAAUUGUCCAGCGCACAAUCAAAGAGGGAGCAACUAUGGGCCUCACCGGUACCCCAACCAUGCCCAUCUUCGUCUACAAGUCUGUCCGGGACGAAAUUUCGCCCAUAGCCGACACCGAUAAGCUCGUGCAGCAGUUCUGCAACGCAGGCGUCUCCAUUGACUACGUCCGUGAAGAGCUCGGCGAGCACUUCACCCAGGCCGCGACCAGCGUCGGCGAUAUCAUCAACUUUUUGAUAGCUCGAUUUAAUGGCGUACCUCAAAGUGGUUGUACCACUCGCACCACUUUCAACGACUUACUCAACUCUGGAAAUGUUGCAACGUUUGGGCCUGCGCUUCUUCAGGUUCUUUUGAAUGCUGUGGGCGUUCCUCUUGGACCAAACCAUUUCUAG